AUGGACAGCGACGACAGUGGUCCCACCAGCCCGGACUACAAGCCAGACCUGAGCGCGGAAGUGGCCAUGCUCUCGACAAAGCUGGUGAAUGCCAUCAACUUCCAGACGAAUCUCGACGACUCCCUCCAGCAAACGCGGCACGAGCUGGAGGUUUCACGGCAGAAGGUCGCGGAGUUGGAAGCCGAGAAGCAACGGCUGAGCAAUGUCAUCAACGGCGGCGCGUAUGUGAAGAGAAGCGACAUGGACAGGACUGUGAGCAACAUGCAGAUUGAGGUUGCAAGUGCCCGAGCGGCCAGGGAACUCGCGGAAAAGGCGAAGAAGCAGACGGACAAUGAGCUGGAGAAUUUGACGGUCUCGCUGUUCGAGGAGGCUAACAAGAUGGUUGCGAUCGCGAGGAAGAACACAGAGGCAUCGGAGAAGAGAAACGCACAAUUGACAGCUCAGUUGAGGGACACUGAAUUGCUGCUCGCGUCCCAGCAGGAGCAGUUGCAGGACUUGAAAGGCACUAUGGAGAGGUUGCAGGACGAUGCUCUGCCAGAGCCCAGCGUGCCGUCAACACCGAUCACCGCCAACGCAGCAAUGUUCGACUCGCUACCGAUGAGCUCGAGUGCCCUCAUGGAUAUGACGCCCGAACACCCGCUAUUCUUCACACACAUCUUGAGUCCCGUUCUCCGCAACGACACUGCAGCUUUCGCCGAUUUCCAGGAACUCCUGCUUCUCGCCAGACGGUUAGGAGCUCACUCUCGAUCAAACAGCAGCAACAACAACAACGCUGCGAACAAUGUCUCAUCGGCAGGGUCCAUGUCCUCGCCGAACAUCCCCGGAGCAUUUUCUUUGUCUUCGAAUCAAAGCCCGUCAUCGAUCUAUGGUGGCAGCACAGUGGCGUCCAUGCCCGCGCUGAAAGACAGCAAGUUCUACAAGCGAGCGUUGACCGAGGACAUUGAGCCAACACUACGUCUGGAUCUGGCACCUGGACUGUCCUUUUUGAGCAGAAGAAGUGUCCUCUCUUCCCUCCUUCAAGGUACCUUGGUCGUGGAGCCCUACCCUCAGAACAAGCACUACUUCAAUUGCACACUCUGCGGCGAGCAGCGCCGGAAAGAAGAGUACAUCCGCCGGCAUCGCUUCCGCAUGUCCGAAGAUGACGGCGUAUCGAAACCGCUCUGCGACUACUGCGUGUCCCGCUUGCGAUCCACUUGCGACUUUGUCAGCUUCCUCCGCAUGGUCCGCGAUGGAUUGUGGAAGUGCGAUAAUGAACACGACCAGAAAGCCGCGUGGGAAGAGAGUGCGCGAUUAAGAGAACGCAUGUUCUGGUCUCGUCUGGGAGGUGGAGUAAUCCCA